AUGGGCUGGUCACGUGGCAAGGAUGGCAAACAACAGAUGAACGAAGCGGAUAACGGAAUAGUGCCCAUGCACGAUCAAAUGAACACUGGGGACGCCCCCAGCGAGAUAGAGAGCCCAGCAGCACGGGCGUUACGUGGUCUCGGUAAACGCAAGAACGAGGCCAAUAGAGAAGUUGUUAGCUGCAUCUAUGGCACCACAACGAACAUCAAUGAUACACAGCUGUUCGAUAUUCAGGUAUAUACUUACUAUAUAUGUGUACAUAUAUAA